AUGACUGACCUUUCGUCGGAAAUGAACAACUUGUCGGUGGGUGACCAGCCCGUUAAGCGGACCUACGUUCCUCCCCACCGUGUUAACAGCGGCUCGAACGUCCCUUCGAACCCGCCACCCCCUCCUGCUCAGCGGAAUUAUGGUUACCGCGAGCACGAGCCUCGUCGCCAGGGGGGCUUUGGUGGCGGAUACGACUCAUACCGCCGCCGGGAUUACGGCGGUGGCUCCCGCAGCUUUGGUGGCAGUGGAGGUGGUUACGGUCGUCGUGACCCUCACACUGCUGCUGCAGGCCGGUUUGUUGAGGGCCAGCACGUUCCUGGCCGGGCCAACCAGCGGUUGGAGCUGGACCUGUUCGGAACAGCAGACGACUCUGCUUUCCAGUCCACUGGUAUCAACUUUGACAACUACGAUGAUAUUCCCGUAAAUGCCACGGGUGAUGAGGUUCCCGAACCUGUUUCCUCGUUUGAGGCACCUCCUCUCGAGAAGCACCUGCUCACCAACAUUGAGCUUGCGCGUUACACAAAGCCCACGCCGGUCCAAAAGUAUUCGAUUCCUAUUGUUGCUGCCAAGCGUGAUCUCAUGGCUUGUGCUCAGACUGGUUCCGGUAAGACUGGUGGUUUCUUGUUCCCCAUUUUGUCCGAGAUGUUCUUGGCCGGACCUUCCACUCCUGCUGACCACCCUGGCGCUGGCAUGGGUCGUCCCAAAGCAUACCCCCAGGCCCUUGUACUUGCUCCCACCCGUGAGCUUGUUAUGCAGAUUUUCGAGGAGGCAAAGAAGUUUGCUUACCGCUCCUGGGUCCGUCCCUGCGUCGUGUACGGUGGUGCCGAUAUUCGUUCGCAGUUGCAAGAGAUCAACCAGGGCUGCGAUCUACUGAUGGCCACCCCUGGUCGUUUGGUUGAUCUGCUUGAGCGUGGUUCCAUCUCGUUGUCCAACAUCAGAUACCUUGUCCUGGACGAGGCUGAUCGUAUGCUUGAUAUGGGUUUCGAGCCCCAAAUCCGCCGUAUUGUCGAGGGCGAGGACAUGCCUGGUGUUGAAGAGCGCCAGACACUGAUGUUCUCGGCUACCUUCCCUCGCGAAAUUCAGAUGCUCGCUGGUGAUUUCCUCAAGAGUUACAUUUUCUUAUCGGUUGGCCGGGUUGGUUCCACCAGCGAGAAUAUUACUCAGCGUAUCGAGUACGUCGAGGAUGAGGAUAAGAAGUCUUACCUGCUUGAUCUGCUGCCCUCUGCCGACACUGGUCUGAUCCUUGUGUUUGUUGAGACCCGUCGGAUGGCCGAUAGCUUGUGUGACUUCUUGCUCAAGCAGAACAUCGCUGCUACUGCUAUUCACGGUGACCGUGACCAGCAGCAGCGUGAGCGGGCCCUCGAGAACUUCCGCAGUGGCCGUACCCCCAUUAUGGUUGCUACUGCUGUUGCCUCUCGUGGUUUGGAUAUCCCCAACGUUACCUUGGUUAUCAACUACGAUAUGCCCAAUGAUAUCGAUGACUACGUCCACCGCAUUGGUCGUACUGGCCGUGCCGGUAACACCGGUAUUGCCACUGCCUUCUUCAACCGCAAGAACAAGGGUGUUGCCCGGGAGCUUAUUGAUAUCCUCAAGGAGGCUAAUCAGGAGGUGCCUCCCUUCCUCGAGGCAGUUGCCCGCGAGUCCUCGUUCGGUCGGGGCGGCGGCGGCGGCGGCGGUCGUGGCCGUGGUGGUCGUGGCGGUGCUAAUCGUGAUUGGCGCCGUGACGGCGGCAGCUCUAACGGCGGUUCUCGUGGCUAUGGCGGAGGCUACAGCGGCGGCAGCGGCAGCGGCGGCGGCAGCGGAGGCUACGGCGGUGGUUACGGCGGCGGCUAUGGCGGAGGCUAUGGCAGCGGCGGCUACGGUGGUGGCUGGUAA